AUGCCGCCUAGACGCAACGUGAGGAACGAGGAACCAUCUUCCCAUGCUUCGGAAGAACAAAGCGUGACGCAACCAAGACCGCCGUCACCACCACCACCACCUCCACGAGUAGAUAGGGAAGUCGUGAAGCUUUUCCUUGACCAAAAGCCUCCUACCUUCGACGGAAUGGGCGAACCUGCGAAAGCCGAAACUUGGAUACGUGCCUUGGAACGCAUUUUCAAGACGUUGGUGUGCAACGAAGCGGAGAAGAUGAUCUGUGUGACGCAUCAGCUGACCGGAUCUGCUGAUUUCUGGUGGGAUACUAAGUUAAAAACCAUGUCCCAGGAUCGCAUAGACGGGAUGACUUGGGAGGAGUUCAAGACAGAAGUUUACGAUAAGUACGUACCCAAGAGCUACCGCAAGGCGAAAGCAGCCGAGUUUCACAACCUCACCCAAGGACGUCUGUCUGUAACCGAGUAUGACCGUGCACUUUGUGACAUGACCCGCUAUGCGCCAGAACAGACCGAUACCGAUGAGAAGCUGGCCGAUAAGUUUCGUGAGGGUCUUAGGCACGAGAUUAGGAUGGCUUUGGCAGUUCGCGGAACCCUUACGUACGCCGAGGCGCUAGCCCUCGCACUGGAUGUAGAGGCAGCAAUGCCAAAGGAGAAGA